UGAAUUUUAUUUUUUUCCUUUUCAUUCAAACCAUUUGUAGAAGGAUGGCUCCAGCACGAAAGCAAAUAGAUAAAGCUACGCUUGAAGCGUAUCAGAGAGAACGAAGACCCGAAGGUGGCACGUACAAUAUCUGGCAUAACCGAUACAGCGGUCUCGAAAAGGAUUGGAGUAAACGAGGGUUGAGAGCCAAGUUCAAAUGCAAUCCUGCCAAAGAUUCGGGCGAAACUGCCGGAUCUCGCAAUCCACACGCUUAUUUUUGUCUGUAUUUCGCCAAAGGCAUGUGCUCUCAAGGAGCGCAAUGCUCCAUGUGGCAUCGCAUUCCCAACGAAAAUGACGAAGUUCAAACGACCAUCGAUUGCUUUGGACGCGAUAAGUUUACGGAAUUCCGAGAAGAUAUGGGUGGUGUAGGUGGAUUUAACACAAGUAAUCGCACAUUGUAUGUGGGCCGUAUUGCUGUAAGCGACAGUAUGGAGGAAGUGGUUCGACGUCACUUUUCACCGUUUGGCAAUAUUGAACGAAUUAGAAUCCUCAAACAUCGAGGUGUUGCGUUUGUCACUUACACAACUCGCUCCAAUGCUGAGUUUGCAAGAGAAGCCAUGAUGAGUCAGAGUCUAGAUCACAAUGAAAUUAUCAAUGUUAGAUGGGCCACCGAGGAUCCCAACGCUUUCCACAACAGAGAACGUGCGCAAGAAGAAGUGCAAAAAAGACGUCACGACCAAGAGCUUGCUGAAUCGCACGAAACCCAAGAAGGCGAAGCCGAUUUACCUGCAGAAUAUACGUAUCUGAAGAGGGACACGGCAGAAGACGAGUUUGACGAAAUGGAAGAUCGUGUGAAACGGCAAAAAGCAGAAGAAGUCGCACGAGAACAUACACCUUACUAUGAUACAGCUUCAGCCGCCGCGAUCUACGGCUUUGAGCAAGUGCAAGCGCCUCCGGUUCCCGAAUCGUACCCCUCCACCACGCUAGCCCCCCAAACAGCAACCCAACCUUCCGUGACCAAACCCAACAGCAUCAUUCCUCUCAAUGUACUUGAAUCUCUCAAAUCCAUCCAAUCCAAGGAAUCACCCGUGCCUGCCAAAUCAACCCAAUCCUCGCAACCCACCGGUCUCGGAAGCUUGGCAAAUUAUGGCAGUGACGAUGAAGACGACGACGAUGAAUAAAAAUAAACUAUUUCUGAUCCAGGGCAUUUCAAAUAAAAAGUCAAUCCAUAGCAACGCAGUAUCAGCGCGCACAUUGUCAUUUUUUUCCCUGUAUUUUCAUUUGAUUUUGUCGAG